AUGACCUCUGGAACAUCAGCCUCUUCUGGAUCCACAGGCGUCCACCGCGCCCCGGCCUCGCACGGCAUGGCGAUGACUACGCCAACGCGCAGAGCCGUUCCUGGAUCUGGUACCUCGCCAACGAUGGGCUUCUGCAUCGUGACGGGUGUCUCCGUCGAUGGAUCACGCACACGCGGCGGGUCGCGCGAGCGCCGUGGAAUCAUGUCACGGAAUGUAUCACGGAGCUCUGCAGUCACGGUCGAUAACUGGGGAAUCUCCACAGGUGGUGGCGUCCUUGUUGCCGAAUGGGGUUCUGGUUCGGGGUCUGGCACGGACACGAUCGCCAUGGGCUGCCGUUAG